CCUUAUCGACUGGUAGUGAAGAGCAGCGUCGACUAUUGUUCAAAUCAACCGUGAUCUUCAGUCUGCGAGGGCGAGAGUGAGACAAGAGGACGAAAAUCCGUGUUCCCUGUUUGUUUAGAGAAAAUAAUUCUAUAUAAGCAACGUUGGACAACUCUUUCAUAUUUAAGCUAUAUAGUUAUUUAUCUAUCUUAUCUGUGUGAAGAUGAACGGGGUAACGCGGAGUCUGUGUACAUUUGAGGACCUCAGAGCUGAUGAGAGAACAGCGGAUGGGUGCAGGAGACUGAGGCUGACUCUCCACCAGCAGAACCAGGUCGGGAGGAUCACAGAACAACCCAGGAGCAAGCCAAUCGGACAAGCAUUUGCUCUGGUGCAGCCAACCAGUGAUAGGCCUGCUCUGAAGCCUGAACCAAUCAAACCCUCUGAGAAGAAGACUGAAAAGGUUGAGGUCAUCAAGGUGUAUCUGGAGGAUCGUAGACAGGAGCAGCAGAGACACCAGCAGAGCCUCAAGAUGUUGUCAGAUGAAGUCUCCCAGAUACAGGAGGUGAGAUACUGUCUGAAGACCCUGAGGGAACAGAUGGCAACCAAGAACAAAGGACAACACAAGUUUCUUGCUAGUGGCUACGGAGUCAGCACUCCCUCCAAUCAGAACAUCUCUUCUUCCUCAAAGGGAGGAGCUAAAGAUGAUGGACAGGUGAGGGGCUUUUCACAUGCCCUAUACACACAGGGAGGGGAGGAUGAGGUGGAGAGGGCCAAGAUGAGGGAGGUCAGUAAGCGUCUGUAUGCUCAGCUACAGGAGGCCGAGAAGAAACACCAGGAGGAGAGAGAGAGACUGCAGGCUGAGGGUGUGGAUCUGCGCCAGCGUCUGGGGGAGCAGGAGGAGAAGCUGAAGGGGGUGGAGGAGAGUAGUGAGAGGAAGGACCAGAGGAUUGAGGAGCUCCAGAGGCUGCUGGGAGGCAUGGCGCAGGAGAGCCAAGCCCUACGAGACACACUGAGGAACAGAGAGGAGGAACUCAGAGAAUUACGCAAGAUCAGAGAGGAGGGCAGGAACGAGGAGCAGAGGUCAGAGCAGUUGGAGAAGGAGCUGGCCAUUCUGAAGGAGAAGAUCCAUCAUCUAGAUGACAUGCUGAAGAGCCAGCAGAGGAAAGUCAGACACAUGAUCGAACAGCUGCAGAACUCUCGUAUGGUGAUCCAGGAGAGGGACCGUGUCAUCAGAGAUCUGGAGGAGAAGGUGGCUUUCCUGGAGGCAGAGAACCGGGAGAUGCAUGAUCAGAUGGACUACUUCCUGGGAGGUGAAAGGUCAAACUCGCACCUCUCAUCAGACCGCCACGCCCAGAUUGUCUACAGGUAAUUCACGUCCAGUAACACAGGCAGACUCACCACCCGCCUGACCUGUCAUCAACUCACCAUCCGCCUGACCUGUCAUCAACUCACCACCCGCCUGACCUGUCAUCAACUCACCACCCGCCUGACCUGUCAUCAACUCACCACCCGCCUGACCUGUCAUCAACUCACCACCCGCCUGACCUGUCAUCAACUCACCACCCGCCUGACCUGUCAUCAACUCACCACCCGCCUGACCUGUCAUCAACUCACCACCCGCCUGACCUGUCAUCAACUCACCACCCACCUGACCUGUCAUCAACUCACCACCCACCUGACCUGUCAUCAACUCACCACCCGCCUGACCUGUCAUCAACUCACCACCCACCUGACCUGUCAUCAACUCACCACCCGCCUGUGUUCCCCAGAGUAAAACCUUGGCAUCGAUCUCAUUUCUCUCUCUCUCCUCCACAGUAAGCCUUUGAAGCCCAGCAACUCGUCCAACAAGCCUCUUCCCUUCAUCAAAAUCAUUGAGACCAAGUCCUGAACUGGUGAAAGCGAGGCUAAUCUAACGACACCAAACCUGCUAAGCUAAACAACAAUGGACUGAAAUAGACCACCACCACAUUACUACCACACCAACAUCACAGUGCACGUAUGAAGUUUAAACUGAGGUGACCACAACAUCACAUCAACUGACCACCAACUACGACCAUCACCCACCCAUGGCCACAGUCCUUCGAUAGGACACUAUGCAGUGUGUGUGUGUGUCAGAGGAGGCUGGUGGGAGAAACAAUAGGAGGAGUGGCUCAUUGUAAUGUCUGGAAUGGUAUAUAUGGAACAGUCAACUGUUCCCAUAUGUUUUCUGUGUUUCAUACCGUUACAUGUAUUCCUCCUAUAGCUCCUCCCACCAGCCUCUGUGUGUGUGUGUGUGUGUGGAUUGUGUAUGGACGUUGAUGUAGAUAUACUUAUAGAGUUGAUUCUCAAUAGAAGUCUAUUUAUUCAUAGCAGACAGAUUAUUCUUUCUAACUCAGUGUCAUAAUCUAUUGUCAUCUGUUGAAGUCCGUCUGAAGGACUUUACUACUGACAGAGAGGACCAGAGACGGUGUGAUAGCAGUACCCUGUGGUUAGUAAGGGUCUGAUAACAGACCGAGUCUUUGGCCUCAGAGAGGAGGCAACCAUGCCAGGCUGGGCCAUAACAGAGAAAUAAAAUGGCCGAUGAGUGAGAUCGAAGGGAGAGAUUGGGGGGGGUGUAAGAAAUCUGUAUUAAACUAAUCAGAACACAACCAGUUUGUCAUCUUUUUACCAUGGCACCAAGGCAGGAUAGAGUGAGUGUUGCUACACUAUACAGGUAUUGGAGAAGCAGAAAGACAUUAAGGAUAGAGGAUAUAGUUUUCCAUCAAACCCUUCUGUAACCCAUUAACCUAUUUCCUGUGUCUGUGGCCUAGAGUCCACUGUUAGAAUCCUCUUUAUUUGACACCUGAAAGGGAGGAAGACAAUCUUUGACUUUUUGUAAAUAUACUUAUAUGGUCACGUAACGGCCACAGUGAUGUGUCAUGGUUUAUACAAAGUUAUGAAGGCCAUGUUUGUUGAGAAAGUGGGAUGUUUGGUCUAGUAUGUGUGGAUUAGAAGUCUUCCUCACUGAUGUCACUUUAAAGUCUAAAGGAAAUGAAGAUGAUUCAUUCUGACAAGUACUUACUAACCUUGCAAGAAGUCUUGUUGACAUUAUCGACAUUUUUGCAUGCAUUUCAGUUACCUGACGUUUCAUCCACUAUCACCAGCUUUGUACAUAACUAUAUUUAUUUGUUUAUGUGGUAUUCUUUGAUGUCCCUGUAGUCUCACUCUGGGAUUUGUUUGUUAGUUUUAUCCUUCAGACAGGAAUGUUUGGCCUGACACUUAGUGUGUGACAAUCAUCUUUAUGUAUUUAUGUGAAAAUACAACUUUCAUUUUCGGGAAAACAUUUUCAGUAGACAUUUUAGUGUGUGUUAACAACAUAUAUACUUUGUUUUAGUUAUUUCAAUAAAUAUAUGAAAAAUA